AUGCAUCAGUACAGAAAAACCAAACCGCUAAUUCCUAACAUAGACGUAAUGAAUUUUGACCAUGACAGAAGGUCCUCUAUGUUAGGUGGAGGGAGGAAGAAGUAUGAUACUCCAAGAAAGGACAAUGUAUUCGGUAAAAAACGAGUGCCAGACGUCAUAAAUGAAACGCCAUUGCAACAGCUAGGUAACAUAGACGACCCUUCAUCCAGCUUUAUCAUGCACCCAAUUCAAAAUAGUAAGGAGCAAAUUCUAGAUAAUCCACAAGUUUUUAAUAGCAGUCCACAGUUUUUCCCAGAUCUGAACUACUUAUCACCAUGGCACAGUUAUUCGAACGGUGUCGGAACGCCAAUACCAAUGAACAGUUCCAUGAUUGGGAAUCCUAACUUGUCAAAUGUCCCAAUGAGCAAGACUUACAGUCCCUAUGACCUGCCUCAAUCAAGCUUUCCGGCAUAUUUCAAUCCUAGAGCAGCGCUGAAUAUGCCUCAUAGAGAAAAGGUCAAUCAGUGGAUAGAAAAUGUUCCUAUCCAUAUUGUAAAUGAAGAGUACCUGACACACGAUUGUUACAGUAUAGAUGAGUAUAUGAACUGGGAGGAGGAUGAGUUUGACAUGUCUUUGUUCCAACGUGGGGAAAAUACGCAAAUUAACAUGGCUACUGUUGAUGAGUUACUACAGUUUCAGCUGAAGCGGAUCACGUCCAUGGUUUUAAGACUUUAUGAGGAAAGUCCAGAAAUUCCCCUAGACAACUCCGAUGCAACGUCCUACUAG